ACGAUCACUCAAAACAAGAGGAAUUCUAUAAACCACUCCGUCAAGUGGUUCACUACGCGAAGCUGUUCAAUACCAGAUACGCUUAUAUCAUAUCAGACAAAGAAUUAGUUUGUAUUUCGAAUAUCAGGAUGAUUGAAACAGAGCACAUCAAUGUAUGGUGGACUACUGAUUCAGUCGAGGAGGCAAAAAAAAUUACGUGACGAUAUAGUCUUUAGCACAUGCAUUCAUACCAGAAGUCCGGCAAGUAUCAUAUACACGAACAUGGAAAGAAAUGAAGGAGCAGAGCUCUUUAUUACAUAUCCAAUCACCUAAAUAUUGAAACAGGGGGUUCAGACUAUGCCAAGCAAUGUUUCAGCUCACCCGUCGGUUUUCGCUCCAGCACGGCACGACACCGUUUCCCUUGACCAUUCACAUAUUACACCAGACCACUAACUCAUCUCCAUUAUUCCUUCCCCUUAGGACAGUACCUAUUAAACCGGUCCGCGAACUAUCAGUGCCAACAACGAAUGCGCCACUUCUGCUGCUGCAAGUACCGUUGAUUCACCAGCCGUAUCAUAGAUGGGUGCAACUUCAACAACAUCGGCGCCGACGACCUGGAUUUCGCUCUCUACAAGUGCAUCGAGGAUUGUGAGAAGUUCACGGGUACUGAAUCCCCCAGGCUCCGAGGUUCCCGUUGCUUUGAUAGACAAAAUUAGCGACAGAAAAAUUUAAGACCAAAGAUGGCGACAGACGUCCAGCCGAAGAAAGGAAGUUGAUUCAAGCACGAAAGGUGGAAAGAAUACAUACCAGGUGCGAAUGCCGGGUCCAAAACGUCAAUAUCAACACUUAUGUAAGCCUUGUUAUUCCCGACGCGCUUUUUAAUCUUCUCCACUAUGCCACUUGUGCCGAUGUGGUCAAUGUCGCGGGCUGUGAUGAUGUCGAAACCGCACCGGAUAUCAUUUUCUAUGUCUGUUUUGGGCCGCACGACGGGCGCGCGAAUGCCGACAUGUAUGGAGGAUGAGUUGAGGACGAGGCCCUGUGACUCGAUAGUGUGAGGGGAAAGAAUCCCGGGGAGCAGAUGUAUUACAACAGGCACAAUGAAAACGGGAGUAUGUCUACUUACCUCCUCAUGGGCGAUAUGAAGGAAUGUGCCGUGAUUGACACCUCUGGAUGUGAAUGUGAGUUAAAAGUUGUCAGCGGGAUGACUUUUCGCAGGUGCCAUAAACUCACGCAUAAUUUGAAAUGCCGCCACCUAUGCUCAGAUUUAGUUUACGUAUUACUAUGGCCAAAUACAGAGCUGGAUAUGUGAAAGUGUAUGUGUACCUAACACAGAAGGGUCCCAUGUGUCUGAAAUUUUGCGGAGGGUGUUCCAUUAGUCAACGCAUUCCUCGGAAAUCAUGGAAUACAGCCCCCUCAACUUCAUGUUAGGGUCUCGGAAGUGGGAAAAUACCAACCGAUAUGACUGUCAAAAUGAAUGACGGCGACUGGGCCCCAAUGCUUAUAUGUUGAUCGUAACGCUGGCAGUGUUGUCGUGUGGUCACCACCGAGGGUGAUGAUGCGAGGGACCCUCGUAACAUCAGACGCAUUGGCGGGUCGGGAUGAAACCACCUGUGGGAAAAUGUGAGAUCUGGAAACAAUGCACGAUUACGGUGGAGAUGGCGGAGAGCUCUUCUCUCAAUCCCAAAGACGUUUGUUGUUCAUCACAUUGAAAGAAAAAAACUACCAUGCAUGGGAUUGGACAGGAACCAUCUAACGCCAGCUUACAGAGUACAAUGAAGCAACUCACCUUAUGCGCCUUGUCAAGUUGCUUCAAAGCGACGGUAUUAUCCAAGAAAGUCAAAGGAACGUCUCCGCAAUCAACAAUGCUUGCCCAACUCUGGAAGACAUUUUCUCCAGUGUAGAUACUCCAGGCACCAUCUGGUCUAAUGCGCUGAGAACCCCGGCGGAUUCCUCCCGGACCAAAUCUCGCACCAGGACGAGCAGUUACACCCUGUAAAUUCGUGAAGAAAUCAAUAAACAAUCAGUAAUAUAAAUUGCAAAUCUACCAAUGUAGCCGGUAGAGACAAUAUUGUUCACUUGUGGCAGAGCUUGCGCAUACCGUAUCAAAAGGGGCACCCAUAAACGCAAUAUCAUAUCGUUGCUUCUCUGCUUCGCUAUCCACAAAGCAAUUGACAUAUGGUACAUUUGCGAAGGUCAUCAGCCCGGAGAACUGACUGCCAGACACAAUAUCGAUGGUAUUCUCCAGUCCAAGCGGUGCUUGUGACGCGGAGCCAUGAAUGGCUGCAACUGGAGGAAACACAAUGUCUGCAGCUCGGUUUAACUCCGCCAACAGCUGGAGCAGAAACAGGGAAUGGCGCAUGUUCCUCGCGGGCGAAAAAUGAUAGAUUAUGAAAGAUGAGAUACCUCGUCGAAGUAGAGUUGGAUACUGAGCGGGUAUGCGGAGUUUACCUGUUCCUUAAUGAGAGAGCCAUGUAGUUAACUUGGAGACGAUAGCAAGCUACGCUGAGGCACAGGUGGAAUGUCUACUUCUUGGUUAACUAGUUGAUUUCUGCCGCCGAAUUUCGGGUGCCCAAUCAUUUUAGAACUUACGGUGAUGAGUAUCGGCAACUUGAUGAUACAGAGCAGUUAAAGGGGACAAGAUCAAAUGAUGAACUUUUGGUUAUGUGUUUUUGAAUAUACACGGAACCUCAACCUGAGCGGCAAGGUUACAUUUUCGUCAUUCGAUGAUGAGACACUUGUGCUAAUACUGCGUAUAUAUUCGGAGUAAAACGUCUUCGCGAUUGUGUCAUCUACACACUCACUCAAUAUCCAGAGCUUCCUUACGCUUGCUAUAUAUAACAUCAUAAUCCCUCCAAUAUAAAUUCCAUUUUGUUCCUCGGACGGUCGAAAAUGCCACACGCAGAUUCGUCAUAUUUCGCUCCCGGCUUGUCAAAGGCGGAGGUGUACAGUCAAGUCCUUGAACAAGCGAAAGGGUUGUUGGAUGGUCAGCGAAAUUGGGUGAGCAAUCUUGCCAAUGUUGCCUCCUUGUUAUGGCAUGCAUAUGCCGCCCUGCCCACGCCUUCAUCCAACGUGAACUGGGCUGGUUUCUACGUUCGACAAGAUAAAUUUCCAUCUUUGGCUUCUCCCGACUCAGAUACCAAGGGGACACCAAGUACGAAAACCCUCCUACUAGGCCCUUUUCAAGGCAAGCCUGCUUGCCAGUUAAUUCAAUUUGGGCGGGGAGUGUGCGGGGCAGCAGCUGAAAGACGUGAAACCGUCCUGGUGACAGAUGUGCUCAACUGGGAGGGUCAUAUCGCCUGUGACGCUGAGAGUAGAAGUGAAAUUGUUGUCCCGAUUUUGGUGAAUGGAGAGACCGUUGCUAUAAUUGAUGUUGACUGCACUCAGCCAUCUGGAUUCGAUGAUGUCGACAGACAAUGGCUCGAGGCUCUUGCAGCGAUACUGUCAGAUAGCUGCGAUUGGUAACUAACAUCCGGUUCAAUGUAGUAUACCCCGUUCCUUUAUGAUUUGUCAACAUGUUGGUUCGUUUAUGUGAUUGUACCAUAGAUCUACGAUUUUCUACGUUCUGAUAUGGUAUUAUGCAUACAUGCGGACGGUCUACAAAUGGCGAACAUAUAAUGUACAGUACACUGAAUAACUGAAUCUAGAGUUUAUGCAUUUUGCAAAGUGAUGAGCCACGAUAUCUCGAUUGUCCCAGAUUGCUGUAAUGCCUCCGGCGGUUCCCUUUUUUUAAAACUUAUUUUUCUUCUUUUCCCUCAAACUGGCAUAAUGAUCUGCUGGGAGAGUUAACACAAAUUGCGCACGAAGCUCUCCAAUGUUGGAGUCGGACAAGCGUGUUUCCAUUCGCUUUCGGAGCGGAAGUCACACGGUUUUCGGUCCGAUCUGCCGUCUUGAACAAUGAUUCGGUCCGUUGUUGACCUCUUGAGCCAUUGAUUGGCUGUCACGCGGUGGGUUGAGGAGGAUAAGGCAGCUGAAAGCGGCAGCGCGCGAUGACUGUGAUGAUACCAUACCUCCAAUUACUGCAUGUCGCUAAGGACUAGUAUUUUAGACAACCACAGCGCUCCAUUUUUCUGAAGCGGGUACCUGAUCUGACGAAAGGGAUGAAAAGUUCGGGACAGCGAGCAUGGAGUGGAGACGCUUGGGGGGACGAGCUAUGGUUGAUAUGGGCGCUCCAUAAAAAAUUGCGCCAUGGCAAGGUUUGACAUGCGAUGGGAGGGAGGAUUCUGAAUGGGUGGAGAAUGGCAUUUACUUGAAUACAACAAGGGUCUCUGUUCCUUUGUCCAGUAUGCUUUCAAAACGAAAGAAAUAACAGCUGGUAUAACUUAAAUGGCAACUAUCAGGCCCUCCCAGGAGGUUGAGGAAAGGAAGGGAAGCAUAUCCUGUCGUCAUUGAAGAAACGGCGCUGUCGAAGCCAGUAUCCAUAUUUACGAGCAGAUUUCGCAGCCCACUGUUUAAUGUCAUUAUCGUGGGAUUGAUUUCCUUCACGCAACGGGUAUCUGGAAUGCGUUGAAUUGUAAGUUUUCGACUUCAACACCCCUGAAGUAAAAUCCAUAUUGGACUCGAUCGACGGACACAUUUUGUUUCCGUUCCUAGACACUGGUGCUGGCGGCCAGCAAGAGCUGUGUCUCGUCAAUGGAGCUAAUUCUUUGACAUCCGGGUUGAUGGCCUUUUGGCUGCACAAUAUUCGGUGUCCUCGGGAACAGAUACGGGUUAUGUAAAGUCCUAAUUUUUGGCACCCUGGCUACGCGCCGUACUUAGCAGCGCUAUACGUCAAUAAUAGAUAUGGAACUGAAAUGGUUCGCCCUUCUCUAGGCGUCACAUGUGGUCAUGCUGCGUCCGCCCUUUGGGCCACAGAGGGAGCUAUGGCCAUUGCAUAUCCCACAGUGAAAGAUCGUGGUAAAAUGACUGAUAUCUGGCUCGGACUUCGUGAACUAGGCCAACUUAUUGACGCGUCCAGAUCCCUUUCUCUAAACGUUAAGGGGGAUGAGAAAGGGAAAGUUGGAUACGUGACUUACUUGGUCCUCAUUUCAAUCCAGUAGUGCCUGGGCCUGCCACUCUCAUCCCUCAUAUCGUCUCCGGGCAAGGUCAUUCGGCCUAACGGGACAAAAGUUAUGCAACCAUGGGCCGAUAAGACCCUCAAGGGAGAGUUCAAAGGAGCCUGGAAAGUCUUGAAGACCAAGCACAUAUACAUGCUGAUCCCGAUGCUGGUUGGUUUCGGCUGGACUGUCUCAUAUCUUAGGCAUUUAUCAGACGGCAUAUUUCUCUGUCCGCUCAUGAACGUCAGCAUUACUAUGCUCCGGCAUAGCGUCGACAUUUGCAAAUAUUUCCUAGGGCUGGUUCUUCGAUUUGAAGUGCUUUAGCCAACCUGGUGCUGGCAAAGUGUACUUGGUUCUUCGUUGCAACUUUCAUGUUUGGGCUGUUCGGGUGGCAGGUUGCGAAAGAGAGGUUGUACUCUAGCUCUGAGUCGAAGGUAACGCUUGACUGGGCUGAGCCUGGCUUUGGACGGGGGUUUGCUGUGAACGUCCUUUUCUGGUAAGAUGAAGUUUUCCCACCACGCUCCGCAGUGUUGUUAUCAGCCAUCUCGUACGGUAGUUAUCGGAGCUGCCAAGACCACGCCGAUGGUGAACCUUAUUGUUUCCUUCGUGAUGUUUGGCCUCACAGUGAUCCCAACCUCGCUGGUUGUCUUCAUGGUGCCGAAGCACCCAUCGGACGAGCCUCUGAUAGCUGUUGACGUUGACGAUGGUGUGAAGACUGAUGAUACUGAAUCAAUUGCAGGGGAUCGGUGUCUUCCAAAGAAGGAUGAGCAUAAAUGCAGUGUCAUGUUGAUGAUAUAUAGGAUGUACUUAUAUAGAGGAAUUGGAUGGCGAUUUAGAAGGGUGUUAGCAUAUUGACAACGCGCGUCAACUAAUAAUAAUAUGAUGAUACCCGGUAUGGAGAUCGAUAAGUCAAGUGUGACAUUGGAAAUCAUGCAUGUCCUGCUGUUAAUUGUUUUCUCGCUCUGAACAGAUUCAGUGGCUUGUUCAAAUUUCC